AUGAAUGGAAUGGACGAGGGUUACAAGUUGGCGUCUAAUUGGUUCCACCAUGGAGAUGGUAAAUCUGUAUCUGCAGUAGAAGGUGUUGAUAGUGUGAGGAAUACUGAGAUUUUUGGAUUAUACGAAGCAGCUACAUGUUUGGAUGAGGAUUUAGCUAGUAAGGGUUUAGAUUUAGGAGAAGUUGUUGAGGGUGAGGAUAGAAAGGAAGAUGAGUUUUUAGCUAAACUUGCAGAGGCUGAGACGCCGUUGUAUCCAGUGUAUAAACCACAACAAGCUGUCACCUAUAGUGUCUCUCUUUAG